GACCUGUCCCUCUGACACGAGAAGAGAGCGAGAGGGAAACGAGAAACGAGAGGUGGUCAGGCCAGCAGAACGGGUGGUGGUGGUUGUGGUGGUGGCCCAGGUUCGGCUUCGCAGACUGCGAUGCGAUGGAUGGAUGGAUGGAUGGGCGCGCAGGCAAAGCAGGGUUGAGUCUGCGCGGGUGGAGUAUUGGAGAUGCUUGAGCCUUGUGUCUUGGGGAGGAUGUCCACAGUCCGUGUUACUUUUGCGGCAUUGGCUCUGGCUGCUGUCUUGGGCCCUUGGCUGGGCGGUAUCGCCGGGUGUGUCUUGGAAUGAAGCUAGCUGGGCUGGAUUUGGAGCUGGAACUGUACGUGGGUGUGUUAUGUGUACGUAUGUGAGAAGAGGCCGUCGUGAUGAUGGUGGGAACGAUGCCUUCGGAAGCCGUUGUGGGGAACGUAUCGUGCUAGUGGUGAUGAUUGACGAUGGUAAAUUGAGGUGAGGAAUAUCGCAUGAGUGGUGUAUUCGUCAACGUUAAGGUGGGAAGAGGGGAGGCAAGGAAUUAUGAGUGCG